AUGAAACUUCUGUACAUAUUUAUGACUUAUGAGGUUGCGACUUUGAAUUUGGCCUUCCAUUAUUUAAUGUCUGUACAUCUAACUGAUCGAAGUACAUUCCAUAUUAUAGCUAAUAAGAUAGGUUCAGAUUGGUCAAGAUUGCUUUCAGAACUAAGUCAACUAAGCGAAAUUAAAAUAUCAGAUCAAGGUUUCAGCAAUGAUCAAGUGAUAUCCUGUCUUAUUGCUUGGUAUAAUAAAAAUGGUGGUGAAAUUGCAAUCGAUAUGAUUAUUGAAAAGCUUCUUGCAAUUGACAGAUAUGACAUUGUCCAUUUAAUUGGCUAUAGGAGGAGAAAUCAUUCCAGUUUUUUGGGUUAUAUCUUACGGAGCCUUCCACCAAUAUCCAAUGAUCAAUACAUCCUGCGUGUGGAUACUACUUGCGAUAUUUGCAACAUACUGCAGAAAAUCCAUCAGCAGGGCGGUCAUUUAAUAGUCCAUGGUAGAUCUGGCAGCGAUGAAAUGGAAAGGUCUAAUGCCUUGUUCGUCUUUGACGAUCUCUGGGAUGAAUCUUAUUAUCAAUAUCUGACAUUUGCUAAUCAAUCAGUCACAACUUCCAGAUUUAACAUUUCCGAAAAUAAUCUGACCGUUAUAAGAAUAGAAGCGCCGGCAAUAUUGACUGAUCAUGAAGCAAUAGAUUUACUAUCUAAGCAUGGUAGCUUUCAAGAUUUAGAAAUAAAACUGGAAAAUUUGCUAUUUGCAGUAGUAGACAAAAGUGAAAAAAAUCCUUUCAUACUAGACUUAAUGGGAGCAUUGCUACGGCAAAAUUCCGAAAUUUGUGAUAAUCUUAUAUCGGAAACGCAUGGCAUUGACAAUAUAUAUAAUAACACUUAUGGAGCAAAGGAAAUCAUCAAUUUAUCUAUCCAGCAAUUAGAUGAUAACCAAAGGCAGCGAUUCCGAUGUCUGGGUGUAUUUCGACCAGUGCAAAUUACAAUUUCUUCAGUUGCCGCUAUAUGGAAAUGCAGUCAGGAUGAAGCUAUUCAUUUACUACAGUAUUUUCAUCAGCGCAGAUUGGUAAAAUAUUUGAAAUUAAAGGCAACAAUUUACCUACAUGAUUUAGUGAUUGAUUAUUUGCAAAAGCCAGAAGAUAGUAGUGAGGUCUCUGAGUACUAUAGCCGUGAGCUCAACAGGAAACUAAUAGGAGGAUAUAAAUGGCAAUGUGAAGGGAAUUGGCAUCUCAUUCAAAAUGAUAAUUAUUACCACCAGUAUCUCGUAUAUGACGCGAUUCAUGCCGAAGCUGACGAAUUACUGGAUACUCUAUUUCGAGAUUUUAACUGGAUAGCAGCUCAUGUAAAUGAAGUCAAAUCACUGCAUUAUCUAGAUUUUAGUUUGCAAGAAUACAUUCACUAUUUAGUAAGAAAACGCCAGAGCACAACAAAUAUUCAAGAAUUACUUUAUUUAUUCCGUCGUUAUGAUGGUAUCCUUGAUUGGGCAUCGUUAGAUGUAGUACAGUUUUUAUUGAAUUGCUCUCGAAAAGGAAGUUGGAUAGCUAAUAGAGCAACUGAAUUGGCUCGUACUAAUAUAAAAAUCAAUAAGGGAGCGUAUUACUCUAUUAUAGCCUAUACUAGCGAAAAUAUUGAAGAGAGUUCCUUUAAAACGUCAAAGCAUUUCGGGUUAUACGAAUCCGAUGUAUUACCUAGAUGCUGUAAAUCCCGUAAAAAUAAUUUUAGAAUCGUUGGAAUCAGUCAACAGUUCGAGAAUUGCAACAUUAUCGUGAAAGCGUAUAUUAAUGACAGCAAAGAUCAACAGUUUAAGGAAGUGUUCAGGCUCGAUCUUGGAAAUCGACUAAUUUCUGAAGUUAGAAUAUCGCCUGAUGGACAACUUGUUGCAUACGGAAUAUAUCGCAGUCACGAUAUCUUGGAAUGGAAAGUUUUGAAUAUUGAUUCACAGUGUCCAGUUAAAUUUGCUAUCAAUUCUUCACAAAUUUCAAGAACAGUAGAUUCCAUAAUAUGUCAUACGUUGGAAUUUUGUCCAGAAUUGGAUUCUAAUCCAUUACUGGUAGCUUGCAAGGAUAAGGAAAUUGUGAUUUGGAACUUGAAUCAUGUAGAAUCUCAGAAAGAGCUCAAAGUCUAUCCGUAUAUGAGUGUAAAGGCAGACUGCAGCCGAGACGAAUCGAAUCAACAACUUAGUUGUGAUUAUUGUUUAACUUGCAUAAAAUAUAUCAAUCAAAAUCCUUCCAUUUUCGUCUUAGCUUAUGAAGUAUUUAAUCUUCAUGAUUCUGUAAUAAAUAAUCAUGGUAAACUAAUACUUCGGUUUGUUAAUGAAACUAACAAAGAAUUACUUCAUCAACGAUUUUCGGAAAGACUGCAAGAUAUUGCAAUAUCGGACGAUCACGAAAGGAUUGCCAUUGGAAUGUCAUCAGAGGGUCAGGAUCCAUCAACAUUGGCAGGAAAAGUUGUGAUAUAUAAAGUUGAUUCUAGAAGAAUCGUACCUUAUUUAAUGGCCGAAACUGUAGAAUAUUUUAUGGGUCUGGUGUUUACAUCUCCAAGUCACUUAUUAUAUUUUACCUCAUCUGAAUCGUAUCGCCAAAGUGCAAUUGGAAUCGGUCUGAGUAAUGAUAUGCAGUGGCAGAAUGUUACUAACGGACCGCAAUCAGAAAGUUCGUAUACAGAAGAUAACCUUAAAGUUAUUGAUUGUAGUUGCACUUUCUGUUCUGAAAAACCAGUAGCAUCACUAUUCUUUCACAAUGAAGAGAAAUCCUACUUUUUAUUAAAAAUUUGGGAAGGAAUGAACCUUCAGCAGUCUUUGGAAUAUAUGAUGGAUCAGAAAAUUGCAUCCCAGCUAUGUUUUAUUUUUGGUGAAUAUGAACAGACUAUUCUAGUAGGAUAUUCGAGUAGAAUCUUAUUCUAUGAACCGUUUGGCCGUCUAUAUUAUAUCGAAAUCCAGUCAACCAAGGUAUACCUAAAAUCUUUAAACUGUGAUUUGGAUAAAAUUGAAGUCCUUUUUUCGAGAUACCGAGAAGAGGAAAAUACUGUAAUCCUUGUUUUACGCGUUUUGUAUAAAGUUGAACAGUUAAUCAUUAUUCGAGUGGGCGAUUUUGGAAAUGAGCAAGAGAUUUUCUAUGGUGAAAAUACAUUAAGCGGCAAAAUUGACAUUAUAUACUGUGACGGGGAUAAUUUAAUUACUAGACAAUAUAUGGAGGAAGGUGUUAGACAAUAUAAAAUUCAAUGGUUUACAUUGGGCCAAGACUGCACUUCGAUCAAAUCACCUUAUAGCCAUACCUUGGAUAGUAGUAUGGAAAGAAUAGUUUGCAAAAUGACAGUUCCCAUUCAUCCAAGCAGUGAAUUAACGUUUAUUGCAAAGUCAUUGGAUUGCAGUCGCUGGGAUGAUGCUAUUGAAACUUGGGGUGAAGCAAAUGCUCACAUAUUAGCGAUGUAUGCUUCCAUAGAUGCCAAGGAAUUAUUUUUAAUUGUGCGAGGAAAGCAAACUGUAUUACUUGAUCAUCGUCUAAGAGUUCUGAUGAAAGGUUACGAGAAGAAUAUGCAAAGACUUCCUUUCAGGCCAUAUUUACAAGAUAUAGACAGUUUGUGGUCAAGUGAUUAUUUCAUUGCAUUAGAUCGAUGGAAAAGCAUCAUUUACUUCUACGAUCGCUUUGCAAUGAAAUUAUUAAAUGUGAUCCAUAUUCCGUACUAUCAACCUUGGAAAGUCUGCUUCAAUCCACAGCAGUGUCUAUUAAUUUGCUGCCAACAAAGUCAAUAUAACAAUUGCCUUAUUCAGUCAAUUAACUUGAUGGCAAGUAGCCAAGAUGAGUAUUAUGGUUUGUGA